AUGAUCAAAGGUAACAAAUCAGGUGCUGGAGGUCCUACUGCCUCUCCCAAGACUCGCCGCGCUCUCUCUGGGUCCGAUAGCUCUUCAAUCAUUAUCGAUAGGGUGAUCCGACGAGCUCCUCCUUCUGGAGAUAGCAAGACCGGCACAGCAGCCACUGAUGCUGAUGCAUGUGCAAAAUUACAGGCUAUGGCCAAAAAGGCACAGGGAUCAGGUCCGACUUCACCAAACGCGCCUAAACCCAAGCCUGGGUCGACCACCACCACGUCCGCUCCACCCAACGCUUCGCCUAAAGCUGCUCCUAGUUGUUCCUACACUUAUCCGCCAUCCGAGUUCAGGCUGACGCGUUUCUUUCACAUCUACGCAAGUACAACAGUUCGAAUAGGCCAGCCAAGCAACGGCGACCGAAACAUACGCGCCGACAACCGCUCCCAUGUCUCAACUUUCCGCACUCUCAAGGUUUGA